AUGGCUGCUUCUUCCUUACGAGAGUUACUUACAGAAGAAGCAUAUCAUCGAGGGAACAACAACAAGGUCGUCGCCAAAACCAAAAAGCCAGUCAAAUACAGAGUUGCUCCGGAUGAGUCUCUGGCUUUGUUGCCUAUACAUAUCUGCCAUGAUCGAAAAAGCUACGAUUUCUCCAAGCACAAGGCUCAAAGCUCUGUUCUGCGAAAAGGGUCGUCUAGAAGAGUGAGUUCUACUUCAGAGAGGUCGCACACCAAGACGGUGGUCUCGGAAGGCAGUUCGAGAAGAACAGAGCCUGCAGCUAUUGAUGAAGUUGCCACUAAAGCUGUAGUGUCUAUUCUCAGCGGAUAUGCGGGUCGUUAUGUAAAGGAUGAGGAGUUUAGAGAAGAGAUUGAGGAGAAGUGUAGGGCUUGUUUGGCGAGGAAGAAAAGAGAUUCGGAUAAUGGAGUGCUUGAGACUCUGGAAUCGGGUGUCGAAAAUGUUAACAAGUUGGUGCUGAAUCCAGUUUUUUCGACGAAGGCAAUGAGAAAAUGUAUUGAGAAUUUGAGCAGAGUUGUUGCUUCUUUGGAUGCCAACAAGUCCAAGAUGAAUGCUUCGACCUGCGGAAUACCCAACUCAAAUCUCUCUGCUUGUGCUCAGCUCUACUUGGCUAUUGUUCACAAGAUUGAGAGAAACGACUUGGUUUCUGCUAAGCAUUUGCUUCAGGUUUUCUGUGACUCGCCGUCUUUAGCAAGAACUCAUUUGCUUCCUGAUCUAUGGGAACAUCUCUUUCUUCCACAUCUUCUUCAUCUGAAGAUUUGGUACAGUCAGGAGAUUGAGGUUGUUUCACACUCAUUUGAGAAGGAGAAGAGAAUGAAAUCCAUAACCAAAGUCUAUAAUGACCAAAUGGAUUUGGGGACUACAAAGUUUGCUCAAUACUACAAAGAGUGGCUCAAAGUUGGGUCUGAGGCUCCUCCCGUUGCUCCUGAAGUACCUCUGCCUUUAGUACCAUUUAGCAGAUCAAGAAGAAGGAGAGCAUCCGAUUCUUCCGCGUCACAUUCCUCAUUGAACAAAAAUUUAUAUCAGGCUGUAUUUGGCUCAACACUCGAAAGGCGAUCAGUGGGCCUUGAUGAUCGCCAUGGAGUUUCCAAUGCUUCUUGGGAUGUAGAUGAACAGGAGAAGCUGUAUGAAGAUGAAGCGAAGGCAGACAACUACAACAGUCUCAGUUGUGUUCAUAGGGAGGACAGUACUAUACGAAAAUCAUUGAGCCAAAAUCAUAGAAAUCCAAAACCCGAGUUAUGGCCCGAGUCUGAUCAGACAAAGAAAUCAGACUAUUUUGGAUUCUUUAGCUGCCAAAAUGCACCUACUGAAUGCUUGGUGAAUAGGAAUCUCAUAGUUAAGAGUAAUUCAGUCCAACAAGAAGACACUUCCCACCUUCCUUCUAGCAAUUUAGGCAGUGCUAUUAGCAUUCUUUACUCGUCGGAUAGUCUAAGUGAUUGCGAAAGUGCAGUUCGUGCAAUUACCAAAGCUUGGUUGGACUCUCAUGGUGAUCCUGUCAUUGAAGCCAUUUUAUCCGAGCCACCGCUUAUCCAGGGAAUGCUGGAGGUGUUGUUUGCUUCCUCUAAUGAUGAAAUCUUAGAGCUAGUAAUAUCGGUUUUAGCUGAAUUUGUAGCAAGAAAUGACCAGAAUACAAAGAUAAUACUGAACUUUGAUCCACAGCUUGAAAUCUUCAUGAGACUUCUAAGAAGUAGUGGUCUAUUUUUGAAAGCAGCUGUUUUGCUUUACCUGUUGAAGCCAAAGGCAAAACAGAUGAAAUCACUUGAAUGGGUGGCACUAGUCCUUCGAGUACUUGAGUUUGGAGACCAGUUGCAGACCCUAUUCACCGUACGAUGCAGCCCUCAGGCUGCAGCAUUGUACCUUUUGGACCAGCUUCUUACAGGUUUUGAUGAAGAUCGGAACUUAGAGAAUGCUAGACAGGUGGUUUCUCUAGGAGGGUUGAGCCUUCUAGUGAAACAAAUUGAGAAAGGGGAUACUCAUGAGAGGAACAGUGUUGCUUCCAUCAUUUCAUGCUGUGUUCGAGCUGAUGGAAACUGUCGAAACUACUUAGCUGAUUUUCUGGACAAGCCUUCACUUCUUGAACUCAUUGUACUCGGAAAUGGAAGCAACUCAACUUGUUCUGCAUUUGCUCUAUUGAUUGAAAUACUCUGCCUUAGUAGACGAACGAAGAUCACUAAAAUCCUAGAUGGACUUAAAGAAGGAUGCUGUGGCUUGAACACAAUGCAAAUUUUAUUGGUCUAUCUGCAGAGAGCUUCGGCCGAAGAGCGGCCCUUAGUUGCAGCCAUAUUGCUACAACUUGAUCUUAUGGGAGAUCCUUAUAGAUGCAGUGUAUAUAGGGAAGAAGCCAUUGAAGCAAUGAUAGGCGCUUUAGAUUGUCAAACUUGUGAUGUAAAAGUCCAAGAACGGUCAGCGAGAUCUCUCUUAAUGUUGGGAGGCUGGUUUUCAUACACAGGAGAGGCAUCAACAGAACAUUGGCUUCUACAACAAGCAGGUUUCAGCUAUUCGUCAAGGGAUUCAUUUCACUUCAGAGAAGGUUUUUUACACUCGAACGAAGACGAAGAAGCAACAGAAAAUUGGCAAAGGAAAGCAGCCAUUGUUUUGUUUAGAAGCGGUAACAAGAAAUUAUUGGUGGCCCUUUCGGAUUCCAUAGCAAAUGGCAUCCCGAGUUUAGCACGAGUGAGCCUUGUGACAUUAUCAUGGAUGAGUAGCUAUCUCAGUACAGUGGGAAAUGAACAUUUGAAGUCCAUGGCAUGCUCAAUUCUGGUGCCUCAGUUGCUCGAGUCACUGAAGUUUCACAAAGAUGUGGAGGAAAGAGUACUUGCUUCAUACUCAUUAUUGAACCUUGUAAAAAGUUCAGGUGAUGAAUACAUCCCCAUGCUCUCAUCAGUGGACAGAGAGGUUCUCAGCAAACUCCAGAACCUCUCCUUAGUGACAUGGACAGCUAAUGAGCUUAUUUCAAUCAUCACAAGCAACUAUGAGGACUAGAAUUUAUUCCACAUCAAAUAAAUACCCUGGAGGCAGUUAUAUUAGCAGUACUGUAAUUGUAGAGUGUCCUGGAAAAUUUUCUUAUUUCCUAUUAAGGAGUGUGUUUGUGUUCCCACAGAUUUCUUUCUUA